AUGAGCUUCUUCGGCGGCCCCUCGUCCCACCGUUCCACCACUUCGCGAUCGCAUUACAAGUCCAGCCACACCAGACCUGUCUUCCCACGCGCACCAUCUUCAACAGCCUCAUUCUUCUCACGCAAUGGAGGCUCUUCAUCCUACUACAAACGCCGGCCGCGCGACGGCUACAUCCAAAGUCUUAUCCACAAACUCAAGCGCUUGAUACGCGAUCUAUGGGAAUAUGCGCAACGACACCCCUUCAAGGCGUUUAUGGCUGUGAUUGUGCCGUUAAUUAGUGCGGGAGGCGCAUUGCAUAGCUUGCUCAAGCAGUUUGGAGUCAAAAUGCCGGUGAUGUUUGAUGCUGGUGUGGGAAGAGGGGGUUAUUAUGGUAGUAGUGGGUAUGGAGGCUAUGAGUCUGGAAGUGUGUUUGGGGGCAGUGGGGCUGCUAUGGACACGGUGGGCAGUUUGAUGAAGGUUGCGAGGGCUUUUAUGUGA